CCCCCCCCACCCCGCCCACCAUGGACGCCCCACCCCUCUUCGGCGAGGAGUCUCGCAAGGAGAAAUGGUUCCAGUACCUGGCCAUCGGUGCCCUGACUGCCAGCACCCUGGCCGCCUUCAUCAUGUCCAUCACCAGCGGCAUCUCGCAGAAUGGCAUCCACUUUGGUCUUGGUAUCGGCCUCCUGGCCUUCCUGGCGCUGGUCCUGCUCCUGUGGCGCUGGUACCGCGCCGGUGAUCUGGACCCCAAGUUCAAGUACUUCAUCGCGGUCUUCUGGCUGGUGCAGCUGGUCAUGGUCAUCGUCGGGUUCAUCUACUUCUCCUACAAGCCCACCGACUACAACGCCCUCUGCCCGAACGGCUUCUGGUACCAGAAUAUCACUCUCCCCGACACCAAGGCCGCCCGGUGCUACAGCAUGUGCAAGCCCGGCUUCUGCCUGGACACCAAUGUCCCGGCCCCGGGCCGGUGCUACAACUGCACCCAGACCCCCCCGCCGAAGGGCUCCUUUGCCGGCGAGGCGGUCUACGUCUCCCCGGACCAGGACUUUGACACCCUGCUCAGCGACAUCUAAGGGACACCACAGGGACGCGUGAAGGCGUGCGCAUGUGUGCGCAUGUGUGCGCAUGUGUGUGUGUGUAUGGCUGUGCGCGCGCGGGAGCCCAGGAGAGGGCAGGGCGGCAUGUGCGCGUGUGUCUUUGAGCAUGCGGCGGCCGCCGGGACCUGCUCUCAUCUCCCCAUGCCUCUCUCUCUCUCUCUCUCCCUCG